UUAUGCAAACACAGCUCACAAACACCUGACAACAGUCAACUGAAAGCUGCUCUCAUUUAACUGACAUAGGGAGAAACCACAUCUCUGCCCCUUAAUCUGUUCUGAAUAUCACAAAAUACUUUGAAGGGAUCAUUUUUUUGAAAAACAUCAAACAGACCAGUGUGUCACAUAGAAUCUGGGUGAGUCAGUUACUGGGAGAAGACAAGAGGGUCAAACAAAAGGGGAAAUAGAAAAAGCAGAGAAUGCAACUUGUCUGCAUGGUUUUACACCUCUGAAUCACCAAUAAAUACAUGAUAAACUAUGUUUAACACAUUAUCUGAGGGGUAGUUUAAAAAAAAAAAAGUAUCUUGAAGUAUCUUCCUAACUCUCCAUAGACCUUAUUAAUACAGAUUGUCAUUUUAACGUUUUGGGGUAUAUUUAAGAAAGGUGUAGCUUUUCCAGUACAUAUGUAUAUAUUUUAAACUGCCACUCACGGCUCCUGCUACAGAUACAUUACCACACAUAAGACCUGGGCUGAUGCAGAGCUCCACUGUGUGUCAGAGAGGCCAACCUGGUGUCUAUCCACAGUCUGGAUCACAAAAAAUAUACAAAUAUACAAUUUAAAGUGUAUGAACAGAAGUUAUUUCUCCAACUCUUACUUUCACCAUUGUUGGAUAUUCAUGUAGUCAACUCCUGUAAUUCAAUAAAAAAAUCUUUGGGAGUCUGCAAAUUUCAGUGUGCAGACAAACUCUCAAUUUCUUUUAUUUUCAUGAAUAUUGAACAUUCACACAUGUAACUCCAAUGAUUGGUCAAAAGAAAUAUUCAGAUAACUUUUUGAUAGUCUCAAAAUUGUCCUUUUUGUCCCAGUUUGACUAUACAAAAUGUAUUAUUUAUAAAAUUACAACAAAAAGCAUUUACUUUUGACAAUAAUGGCAUAAAGACAUUUCAAUCCAUAGAUUUUUCUUCUUGCACAUUUGUGUAGAUUUAAAUGAUUGUUUUAGUUAAAGUGCUUUUACAUGUCUGUUCUAGAUUUUCAUACUCUUUGCUUGUUGAUUAAAUGAAGGAACAUCACAUGAAUUUUAUAUUCUGAUUCAUCAAUAAUAGGGAGUUUUGUUACCUUUAAGCAGCCUCCUCCAGAGGCCAAUAAUUCUCUUUUUAACUGCAACACAAAGUAUCUUCCCAACUCUCCAUAGACCUUAUUAAUACAGAUUGUCAUUUUAACUUUUGAGGUAUACUUAAGUAAUGUGUAGCUUUUCCAGUAUAUAUGUGUAUAUUUUAAACUGCCACUCUUCACAUACACACAACAUAACUGUUGGGCCGAACCUACCUAAAACAUUUAAUCUGACAUUUACAAGUAAAUCGAGAGUUUUACAUUUAGUAACAUGAGCAAACAUAUCUGUGGAGGUCUGCUUAUACAGCUCCUCAAUGGCAAUUAUAAUGAGUCAUUUUAAUUCAUUAUGACACUGAGAUAUUUACAGCAAUAGUGAAUCUCUAAAUUGUAUCUAUCUCAUGAAAACAUUUUGCUAAUAUCAUCUUUUCUACAACCAAAAACUCAAACUUGAGUUAUAUAACUGUUGACCAUCAAUGUCCAUUUCUCACAGAAGUCACAUGUGUUUUAUUUCUUCACCUGCUGGUUUGCAUAAAUUCAAAGUGCUUGGCUGUCCCAGCUAUUUAUAUUCUGUUUUAGAUAAAUAUGGGAACAGCACAGGUGUAACAACUGUUAUGAUGCAAUAACAAGUACACUACCUAAAAUACACGUGAAUAUCUUUUUAUGUAUUCAAAACUCAAUAUUUACUCGGUUCUGAUGGUAAAAUCAAACUGUUGUGAGUUAGUUUAUAUUUGAUCUAUUUAACACAGGUAGCAGUCAGGGCUUAAUACACUUUUUAUAUCUGUUCUAACUGAGGCUCAGGGCUUUUUCCCAAAUCAUUUUAGUGCCAAGAGCAUCUUUACUUCAUCACAAGGCAAAAUUCAAAGGUAGACAACACCAAUUUGUUUUUACCUCACUUUAUUGGGGUGGAAGGAGAAAGAAUGGAUUAGACCUUAUAUAUUAUUUGAAUAAGUUAUAGGUUUUAUGUGACAUCUCCAGGUGUGCUGGUCUUUUUUGGCUCAUGUUCAGAUACUGUGUGGCAGUGUGCAACUGACAAUGUUUGCCAAGUACACUUGGCCAAUAAUAUUACACCAAUAGUGCAGACACCCACUCCACAGCAUAUAAAAGAAAACAGACUGUUACUUGUCUCCUCCCGGAUCUCCAUCCCACUCACUGGUGCAUAUCAGCUCUGCUCCUGUGACACAGAGACACCAUCAUGCUCUUGUUCCUCUUCUUGUUUGGUCUGGCUCUGGCCACUGAGUCUCCUUCAGGUGACCGUGAAGUGAAGCUACAGCGCGGCGACUGUCCCAUGUCUUGGUACAGCUUCAAUGGCCGCUGCUACAAGUACAUUGCCACACGUAUGACCUGGGCUGAUGCAGAGUUCCACUGUGUGUCAGAGAGUGCCAACCUGGUGUCUAUCCACAGUCUGAGUGAAAACAAUUUUGUCAAAUCCCUGAUCAAGAACUUUGACCCUGCUGUGGGACCCACCUGGAUCGGACUCAGUGACAUCCAUAAAGAAGGAAGAUGGAUGUGGUCUGAUGGAUCCGCAGUCCACUUUGUCAAUUGGGACAAAGGACAGCCAAACAAUUCAGGAAAUCAACACUGUGUGCACAAUAACUUUGGCAGUCAGCUGAAAUGGAAUGACUUUCAGUGUGCUGAGACAUACCCUUUUGUCUGUAUAUCUCACACAGUUUGUCCUUAGGAUCUGAGAUGGUUAUGUCUGAUUCAACCAAUGACUUUCCACCUGUUGCUCUGUUGAAAUGCAUUGGUUCUCAACAAUAAAUAUAUAUUUGUGCAAGUU